AUGAAAUCCAUACUAUAUCCGAUAAGAUUCCGGCACGAAUCCACUAGGAUCCUAUCCUACUAUCGAAAUCAUUCUCCUGGGUCAAGUAAGAACUAUGAAAUAAUUCAGAAAAUUGACACUAAAGUUAUUGAUGCUGAUAAUCUUUCUGAUCUUUUAAAUGAAAUUAGUGAACAUAGCGUCGAUGAACUUUUAAAAAAGAAAAAAUAG